CGACCUUCGCCGCGAAGAAAUGUUCCUCUACUCCUCGGAACAGACAGGACAACGGAGCGCAAAAACGACACCCAGGGGAGCGGGAGCGCCAGUAUGACUUUGACACCACUUGCUGACAAAAGAAGAACGGGAAUUGCUUUGGGUGUCGCGGGGUUGAUACGGCCGACGUCUUCGCAUGAUCAUCCUGGAAGCGGAAAGAAGUGGCUGCAGGUCCGCGACGAAACGACCGGCCAGUGGUUAUUGCAGGAGUUCGUCGCCGUGGACGACCGUGAAAGUGUGCUGCGUCUCCUGCCGGGUUAUACUACCGGCGAAAUUGGGUAUCAGCUUCGGGAGGUACAGGCCGACUCUGACGUCGGGGCAACUAAUACGGCACCCGGGUCGUGGACUUACCAAGCCACAGCGUUCGAAGCGCCGUGGCACCUCCUGCAACAGUAUCAGCUGCAAAUAUUGAUCUGGGUCUGGACACUUGGCAUGCCACUUCCUUAAUAGUAUGCAUAGUACUGUAAAUAAAGAUGUUGACGAACAUCAGGAACAGCAACAGUAGCAGAACAGGGUGGGAUGUAUGAGCCUUCGGAGCGGUGUUAACCUCAUAUUUAGAAGAGACACAUACUAGUGCAUACGCGCCUCCAAAAGAUGACAAGAAUAAAAACGACUUUUACAUAAUUUGCCACCGUCGACCGAAGUAGCGGCUGCGUCCUGGUACUACGCAAUGUUCCGCUUCAGAUAUACGUAUACGCACUUUCGCAACUGGAAGUGAAAACGUAAUCUGCUCCUUCGAAGUGUGCAUCGCAGAGAAUACAGCUACGCCCGACAAGCAUGUGGAGUUCUUGCAAGCUUCCAGAUGGCCCAAGCAUAUUUGCAAUGCAUAAACAAGACCGGUUUGAGGCCAGGACUGUAUUUGGAGCAGGUCCUGCGGUUCCUCCUCCAGGCCUUCUCGCCCGCAUGAGGGGUUCGUCCUGGUGCGGCCUAAUGACUUCUUCUCCGACGUCGCCGGUGCCGGUCUCCCGCCCGGGCAGUCCGAGCCCUUUCUUCGGUAUGGAGAGCAGCACACCUGAAGUGCCCGGCGCGACUCAUGGGGAGGACGACCCAGCACAGAUGAACUGCGGGGGCGAGCUCGAGCCAAUAAGCCCAACAACUCCGUUGUCAACGAAUACUUUAUUUCGGGAACAGCAUCAAUUCAGAGGGGCUGAGUCGCUGAGUGCUUUCGAGACAACCCUGCGGAUGUACCUGACCAAUUGGCAAAGCG